AUGCUCUCCAACCUAACCUCUUUUGACGCCCUCGGUGCGGGCCCUGGUCACAGUUCGGCAUCCUUCACCGACGUGUAUUCCUUCGCGGGUGAUCUUCAUCCAGCUGGCUCUCCUGAGCCUUCGACACCAUCCCCAUCCAACCAAAUACUCCAGCCCGAGGCUACCGACAGCGUUUAUAUCACUACAGCAUCACCUGCCACUGAUAUCUCUUCUGGGUCUUUCCCCAUAGAAGCUUCGCCCAUCACUACAGUAGGGAAGUAUUCCCACGAUAACAGAGAGCAAGAUUCUGAGGAAUCCGAGGUAGCAAGCCUCUCCCAGUCUCGCUGUACAGGACAGACCGAUUUGGAUGUGGAAGACCACACAGCACCUUCGGGGGAUAAUGAAAAACCCAUAAACGGGCAACAGCAUUCUCCGUGUCCUCAACAGUCAGGUUGUCCCUCUCAUCUAGGCCGUGACUUUCAGCAGUUCUUCGAAAUUCGGCCGUCGAGACUGGGAGGGGUAGGCGCCUUUGCGGUCCGCGCUUUGAAGAAAGACGAGAUCAUCCUGGUUGAAGAGCCACUGCUCCGAACCACUUGGUUCUACCUCAGGCGAGCGUUUAGUAAUCUUUCAGAAGCCGAUAAGAACACAUACUUGAAUCUGCAUUGCGACGACAGAUGCUGCCCGUUCAAGAAGAUUGAGCAAAUUAUGCAGCGUAACUCUUUCCAGCUCGGGAAGGAAUUCGCCAUCUUUGCGACCGCCUCUCGCUUCAACCAUGCUUGCGAGCCGGUCCGCAACGUCAAGUACAAGCUCGAUGACGACACUGGGGUUAUCACAUUCAGAGUGUGCAAAGAUGAAAUUCCAGCCGGCACCGAGCUUACGAUCAGUUAUGGAGACUCGGCUGCCCGGCUUUAUCGGGAUUUUGGCUUCGUGUGCACCUGUGGUGGCUGUACUCCCUUGACAGACCAGGACAUUAGGAAGAUGAACGAGGAGGCCUUUGGCUUCUCAUCCAUGACUCCAAGUUCAUGGUGAGCUCCUGCGCCUCGACACUAACGAUGGUGCAUGCGCCGAACUGAGGGUUCUGGGCUCCGUGGACUCAGGUUUGCUUCCAGUGGCAGAGAAGGCGGCAGAUUACUUGAUUUUCAGAGGCGGAGUAGAUCAGGUAGACGAGGGAAGGGUCGACGGGGGGUUUUCUGCUACUAGGUAGCACUUCGUUCACAAACUUAGCGAGCAUACUUUCCCAGGAAUCAGUUACGAGGGCUAUGAUUGAUAGCAAAAACACG